AUGAUCGGGUCGUUCCUGAUUGGAGUCACUCUGUUCAACAUUCUGGUGCAGUGUGUGAGCGAACCAACGACGGCGGGGCCGGAGGGCGGGAGGAAUACUGUUGAGGAGGAGGCUGAUCAUGGGGUCCACUUGACCUCAGACUGGGCCUACCAGCUGGUCAACACAUCGCUGCCCUACCCCCGGGCCCAGAGUUUCUGCAGGGCCCGCUUCGGCUCCCUGGCUGGGCUUGGCCAACCCGAGGACCAGGAGGGGGCGCUGGAGCUCCAAAAGAUCCCCGGGAACCCCUCUCGGCUCUGGGUCCAGGAUCACACCGGGUCCACCCAGGCCCUGCCACUCGCCAAGCAGUACCUCAAGUUCAGCGCUCUCAACUUCCCCAGAGCCUCGCGGGAGGGCUUCGUCCGGGUCAACGCCACCUUCUCCCCGCUGGCGGCGGUGAGCGUGUGCGUGCGCGUCCAGUGGGACCCCGCCUGGGACGAGGUGUCCACCAUCUUCUCCUACGCCGCUCCCGUCUUCAUCAACGAGUUCCAGCUACGCGGCCAGGGGGACCGCCAGGGUCGCGUCCUGCUGGCUCUGAUCAUCCACGGCCAGCACCGGCCCUACAAGGCCUCCCUCCCCAACGACGGCCUCUGGCACCACCUGUGCGUGACGUGGCGGAGGAGCGACGGGCGCUGGGCCAUCUACGUGGACGGGGAGCCUGGGGACACCGGGGAGGGGGCCGACACGCCCCGGGACAUCCACGGGGAGGGCAUCUUCAUCCUGGGCCAGGACCAGGACUCCUUCGGGGGGAACUUCACCGAGCCCUUCUUUGGGAACGUGACGGACCUGAACGUGUGGCGCGCGGGCCUGGAGGGGUGGCAGCUCCGCGCCCUCAACGCCUGCUCCCCUUUGACCCCCCGGGACGAGGUGUUCCGCUGGGGCGUCGAUGACAUCACUGUGCACCCGGUGGUCCGGGAGAUGGAGGCGAUGCUGUUUUGUCCAGCAACACGGGGCCAGCAGCAGGGGGCAGAGCCUGCAGGCUGCAGGACGCUUGAGGGCUGGACGCAGCAGCACUACCCAAUGGUGGGACAGGAGGACUGCAGCCGACCGCUACCAUUCAUCUGCAGGAGUAGCAGAGAGGGCUACCUAAAGAUGAAGGAGAUCCGUGGGGGAGAGAGUUUGCGGCCCAGUCCCUUCAUGGAGCACCUCAACCGCAUCGCAAACAAGACUCGGGUAAGGAAGUCGGAACGGGAGAGGAGCCCCCUUACGCCCUGGACCUAGGCGGGCGCCUCGGCCCUGCUGGACGUGGCUCGGCAGGCGCUGGAGGAGACCGUGCGGGAGGACCUGGAGCCCUCAGACAUGCUGUCUCUGGUGCAGCUGCUGGCGGCCGCUGCGGAGGUCCCCGUGGUCGCCGCGGUCGCCGAGGGCAACCGGAGCCGGGGCGACGCGCGGGAGCUCAGCCAGCACUUCAUCAGCGUGGCGGACGGCCUCAUCGGCCAGGACAACGCCCUCAAGUGGCAGGCUAUCAAAGAGGUGGUCAGCGGGCCCAUGGACGUGGUCAGGAGUAUCGACCGCAUGGCAGCAAGCCUGAGUCCUCGACUGAUGGAGACUGAGCAGCACGUACUCAUACAGAGCCCCAACAUCAAGUUGGAGGUGCGACAGCAGGCCCUUGAGAGGGGCUCCCCGGGGCCAACGUUCUGCGGGCCCCUGGCUGAGCUCGGGGGCCACUUGGACUGCAUCUCCGUGCCCCAGCAGAGGGUCCAGGAUCUCCAUGACAACGGUUUCCGGUCACUCACGUUGGUGAACACGUGGUACGGAGCACUGCGGCCCCUGUUCAACGCAGAGGAGAACGUAUCCAUGGCGCCCACCGUUACCGACGGCAGCCAGAGAUACCUAGGAACCAUCCUUGGAUCCUCCGUCAUCUCCAGUAUGGUUCUAGGAGACGACCAGCCUGUCAGCGUAUCAGUGAGGUUCAAACUACAACACAAAACCCAGAAACCCAGCGGGAAAGUCUACAACCCAGUGUGUGCCUUCUGGGAUUUCGAUCUCAUUCCAGAGUCUGGUGGUUGGUGGAACACCAGGGGCUGUGAGGUGGUUGCCAAGCAACAUGAAUCAACGGUCUGCUCCUGUAACCACACCACUAACUUUGCCCUGCUGCUACAGGUGUACGAAGUGCAGAGGAGUCCAGAGAAUGAGCGAGCUCUGCAGGUCUUGACGUUCAUUGGCUGUGGAGUGUCUCUCUGUGGCCUCCUCUUCACAUUCAUCCUCUUCAUCGCUGUGGGAGUUCCUAAAUCGGACCGCACCACCGUCCAUAAGAACCUGAUCGUGGCUCUGGGCGUCGCCCAGUUGUUGCUGAUGUGUAGUGACUGGGCCUCAGCCCACCAGGAGCUGUGCUAUGGAGUCACAGCCCUGCUCCACCUCUUCUUCAUGGCUUCCUUCUCCUGGAUGUUGGUGGAGGGGCUUCUGCUCUGGAGCAAAGUGGUCUCGGUCAAUAUCAGUGAGGACCGACGCAUGAAACUCUACUACAUCAUUGGCUGGGGGCUGCCUGUGUUGAUUGUGGGUGUGACACUGGUCAUAUCGCUGGACAAAUACAAGGCGGCCACUCACUGCUGGCUCAACAUGGAGACCGACAUGAUCUGGGCGUUCGUGGGGCCGGUGCUGUUCGUCUUGGGGGUCAACGCGGUGGUGCUGUGUCGGGUCGUCAUGGUUACCGUCUCCAGCGCUCGCCGGCGCUCUAAGAUGCUCUCUCCAAGCUCUGCCUCCAAGAUGCUCACCUUCGACCUCACCUGGGCUGUGACCCGUCCGGUACUGAUUCUACUGCCAGUGCUGGGUCUGACCUGGCUGUGUGGAGUUCUGGUUCACCUCUCUGUGGUGAUAGCCUAUGUCUUCAUCGCUCUCAACGCCUUCCAGGGCCUGUAUAUAUUCCUGGUGUACGCAGUUUACAACAGUGAGGUGAGGAAUGCCAUAAAGAGGAUCAAAGAGAAGAGGAAAGCCUUAUCAUUCACAAACUGCUCGCAGCCAAUCGGUUUCCUGCCCAGCCAGCGGGCCCCUGCAGUCUCCUGGGGCCACAGUGUGCCAGCCCCCUCAAGCCCAGAGACCAGUGAAACCUCUGGACCCCCCAGCUCCACCUCAGCCUCCUUGGUGAUCAAGAACGAGAGUUUCAGAAAUGAGAGCUUUGUGAGUUUUUCCUUGAAAACGACUUCAAAUCAAGUGGUUCAACUCACCGGUUUCAAGCCCUCAGGCUGUUGACCUGCGAGCGGAGCAGAUGGGCCAUCAGCGAAUACUGCUGCGUAUACUGCUGCGUAUACUGCUGCGUAUACUCAU